AUGUACUCGGCACACAACGAAACGUUCGAAGAGUUCAAUGACCGUUUCGUCAAGUUCUUCGAAGGUGUUGAGGACCAGUUCGAAGCCCAGCGUGGCCUGAACAAUGCAUUUGCCCACGACCUUGUGCCGUCACCAGAGGUGAUUGAGAGCGCCCUCAAGGCCGCUCGCCGCGUGAAUGACUUCUCGCUCGCUGUGCGCAUCUUCGAAGGUCUCAAGUUCAAGACAGAGAAUGACAACCAGUACAAGCAGUACUUGGAAGUGCUGAAGCCACUGCGUGAGGAAUUGGGUGUACCACUGAAGGAGGAGAUCUACUCUUCGUAG